AUGGCGGAUAAGCAGAUGGAAUCAGCAUUGUCAAAGAACAGUGAGGGCCAUCAUGGAGAUCACGAAAAGAGUGGUACUAGUACUGAUAUCAAGAAAAUCUUUGGCUCCGAGGUUACCAGUGGCAAUGACGGCAAGAGUAAAUCGUUUCUCUCGGCAACUCUCGAGACGCUCAGCAUGCGAGGCGGCAAGGAGAAAAAGGGAGACACCUUUUGCAAGUCGCUCGACGAGGCCAUGGUAGAGCUAAAAGCAUUGGUAGCUCAAACAAGAAAACACCAUGCCGAUAGCUGCAACAAUAAUAGUAAAGAUGCCUGGGACUUUGAACUCACUCCCUUGAAAGACUUUGAUGCCACAGAAGAUGACUUGUUGAGGGCAUUCGCCUUGUGGUCCAAAAAGAUCUAUGAAAAGCACGACAAGGAAAAGCAAGUCUUUAACGUAUCCAAGGCAUUCCGGCGCUUGGAAUCCUACAUUGAAUGGAUGGACAAGAAUGCCAGGGAUCUGGACUUUCAAAACGGUGUCACUAUGAAGGAGAUUGCCAAGGUCUGGGAUAUGAAAAUGACACAUGACAAAGAGGGACGUCUCGUUUGGUUUUGUGAUCUGGAGGCACUGGACUUGAAGUAUAUAAAGCACAAGCUCCCGCACGAUGAUACCUUUCGUUACCUCGUCUGGCUGGCACACUUGAUCAUGUUUGACAAGGGAAUGCAGGAAAAUGGUGUAGUUCUUGUCUACAGCAUUGGUAGCAUUGGCUUGUUUGAAUCUUUGACUGUGGUGCCCUUGGAGAUGCAGAGCAAGUUUGACAGCUUUACGGUUGGGAGAUUACCUAUCCGCGUUGAAUCCAUCAUUUUUUAUAACAAUCCUACUUGGAUGCGGCUGCUCAUGACCUUUUCCAAACCUUUUCUAAGCAAGAAGAUGCUAUCCAGGCUGACACUGAUCAAAAAGGAGGAUCCACGCAAGGUGAUUGAAGGGCAGCUGGGCCGCGACUGCAUUCCAGCGAACAUGGCGCAGUUGGGAGGGACAUUGGAAAAGGACUUGAUCCAAGACCGUUUCGAGCUUCUCUCGUCAAGGUCCAACAUCUAG